AUGUUUCUUCGUGGCCGUCAUGGAGAUGUGGCUGCGGCAGCACAGAUCUUGGCGCAGGCCCUGUUGUGGCGCGAGCAGUACCAGGACAUUCUUACCGGAAGGCGUGUGCCGAAGUGGCAAGGCGAUCUUCGUAUUCUGGCCCAGGGCCAGGGUGGGCAUCCGCUGCUCUACUUGUGCUGCAGACAUCAGACAUGCAGCUUUAGCGUCUCCGACACCUUGGACCAUGUCGCUUGUGUUCUGGAGACUGCCGUGCAGAAAAUGCCUGCCGGGGUGCAGCAGGUGGAUGCAGUGAUCGACUGUCAUGGCUUCUGCCUUUGGUACAAUAUGGACCCUAGAAUCGUGAUUGGGAUUGCCGAGCUUCUCCGGCAGCCCUAUCGGGAUCGCUUGCGACUAGUGAUGAUGGUGGACGCACCGUUGGGCCUGCAGCCCGUUUGGAACGUCAUAUAUCCUCUGCUGCCAGCAGCGACGAAGAAGAAGGUUCGCUUCCUAUCUGCGAAAAAAGCAGUUGAUGCCGUCGAGGAGCUGCAAGGAAACAACUCUGCGGAGAUCCUGCGGCAUGUCAUGGACGUGAACCGUGACCCGCUUGGGCCGGGCGCUGUCCCAAAGAUGCUGCCCUGUGAUGCGGGGCAGCGGACAGCGGUGAACAAGCCUGGCCCAUUCCAGUCUUAUCAAGAAACAGUUCGUGCAUUGCCACCGCCUACUCGUGGCUUCUUCUGCCCUUGUCGCUCGCGCAGAUCUUGCUGA